AUGAAAGAUCUUGCAUUAAAUAAUCCUGCCAAUAUUAGAGAAGAAAUUAACAAGCUUAAGGAACAACAGCGAACAAUUAAUACGAAACGUUUACAUUUACUCGACACUCUUCGAGAUGUUAAACCACCGGCAUCAACUAAAAACGCUGUGGCGCAGUGGAAAUCGGCCAUGAUAACCGUUACGAAAAGGAUUGCUUCGUUACACAAUAAAUAUUUAAGAAGGUUAUAUGAAGAAUACGAUCAUGCAUACGAUGCUUGCUUAAACGAAAUGUCCGAACAUCAGGAAUUAUUAGCUACGGAAGGAAUUUGUAAAAAAGAAGAAAUUUAUAUCAUCAUAAAAAAUAACUUUUUACCUUUAUUGGAUGAAAGACAGCAACGAUAUCGUCAAGAAAUGAGAGCUAUUGAGAAUCACUUUCAUGAUUUAUUACCUACACAAGAAGAGCAAAUUAUGAAGGUAUUUCAGUUUGUCCAAGGGAUUGCUCAUAUAUGGGAUGGGCAUGAAACAGCCUUAAUUAACCGAGAGACUGCCUUAAAGGAAAAGGAAGCUAGCCUUGAUAUUCUACUAGACAGGAUGCGACAAGAUUAUUCAGAAGAAAGUCUUCAACGAAACCUCAAUAAAUGUUAUGAAUUUCUGGAAGAAGUCCGCCAAGGUUAUAUCGAAUUUCAACAAGAGCAAAAAUCAAUCGUUAAGAAUUAUACACAAAUUAUUGAAAAUGAGUUGAAAAAAUACGAGGACAACGUUUUAAAAUAUUUUGGUCUAAUUCGUCAUAAGCCUGAUAUUCAGCAAUUUGGUGAUGAUGAAGAUGCUAUAACGAUCAAAAAGCGGCGUAGAAGACCUAGUAAAAGGGGUAGAGAAGAGAAAAUCUUGCCUGACAGUGUUAUUGAGGCACUUUCCUUAUCCAAUGGUAAAACUUUCUAUAUCGUCACUUCGCCACACCAGCAUGGAUUCAAUCCCGAAAGUUCAGUCUUUUCUCUACAACCUCCAGCUGACGUCGAUGCUAAUCAAAAUGAGAUUCGAGACUAUUCGGAAAAUAUAGCCAUCAAGAAUUCCUUCAUAUUGUCUUUGAAAGCUUUCGUUCGAAAGACGUUCUUGGAGCAUAUGAUGGCAUGGCGAGAACAAGCUAUGGAAAGAGCAAAUAAUGUCGUUACUUCAAAGGUCAAAGAACUCGAUAGUGAACUCGAAUUAAGAUUACACUUACAUGGACCGCGGACUAGUCGCAUCGAAUAUGACGUCCACAAUGUUCGAGCUUCUGAAUUAUUAUUACAUCGCGAACGAUUACGAGAACAUGUUACUGCUGUAACAAGAUCCUUGACUAAAGAAAGAGCUAAAGUUACUGAUCUUUCGGCUACUCACCAAGUGGAUGUUGAUCAAUUUCUUCAUGUUAUCGAAGCUUUUGAGCCAAAAUUAACAUCAGCACGUAAAACUGCACACUUGGUCGCGAUUGAAGUAGAUGUCCAAGACCAGUUGGAUAGCUUUAUUCAUGGAAUCCGUUCAUCCAUUCGUGAAUUCCGCCGAUUACUAGAUGAUCGCCUAACUGAAUUAAGAGAUUCCAACGCUAAAUUCUUGAAAUCUUUCAAGUUGUUCUCGGAAGGAGGUAAUUUUUGCCCAGAUGAAGUCAAUGAAUUCAGGAAGAAACUCGAAAAGCUCUCCAGAAAGAUUGAUAAAGAGGAGGGCCUAAUAUUAGCCGAUCUCGAAGGAAUGGAAACGAAACGACUUGAAAAUGCCAAUGAAAUUGCGAGCAAAUUUUUAGACAAGUCAAAGCAUCAUCUUUAUGAUUUAACUUAUAUCGAGAAGGUUGCUCGUCUCAUUACCAACACCGAAGUUAAGAUUAAAGCGGAGGUUGCUGAUAGUAACAGCCAAUCACAAAAAUUAGUUAAAUAUUUAGAUCAACUGGAGAAGAGAAUUGAUGCAGUUAAUCAUCCCAACAUGGAUAAAGAGCAAAUCUCUUCCAUUGAGGUUUAUAAUAGUCUAGUAGAAAUCUUUCAUAGUUUUAAAGAUCGAGUAGAUUAUCUCUCUUGUCAAAAAGAAGUUGAGCCAGUUAGUGAAAGUCCAGCUAAUCAAUCUUCUCUUGGAGCACCACCGACGGCUUCGAGUGUUGAUUCAAGUGGUGAACCAAGUAUUUCUACUUCCAUUACUUCUCUAAAAGCAGCUAAAAAAUUAAGCAGGCAUACUAAGCAGCGUUUAAAAGCCAAAAAGCGUUUUAAGGUUCCACCAAACACGACUGAGACCGAUGAACGUGAAGAGUCAAGUGCAGCGAGCCCACCUACUCCUUUAGAAACACUCAAAGUAGAUAGAGGGAUAUCUGAAAAGAAAAGAUCCAAGUCUAUGGGCAAAUCGAAAAAGAAACGCCAUCGAGAAGGGACUGGCGAUAAACUGGUCAAGGCUCAUAGUUUUAGUAAGAUGGGAAGCGCCGAUAUAGAUCGCGCCCGUAGUGCUAAUGAGAGGGGUUUUAUGGUGGUAAUUAAAAAUAUCCUUCGUGAAUCAUUGGAUUCGCUGUUGACAACCUCGGAUUUAUACUAUAGGCAAAAGUCCCAGAAAAAUAUCACAAGACCCGAACAAGUUGCAGAAUCUUUCGAAGCUUGUGCAGAAUCCCUUACCCAACGUUUACAGUCUUAUCAUAACCAAAGCGAUGAAUAUCACAAGUCUUGUAUUAAAGAACUACAUACGCAAAUUAUUAGCUUUCUAAACUGCCUACAAUAUGUGCCAGAGCCAGUGAUUAAAGAAAUCUUGCAACGCUAUCGUAAUGAUGCUCAACUAUCUCGGGCUAAUGUUCGCGAAGAAUUGCAUGCUAAACUUCAGCCAUUACAAGCUGAAAAGGGCGAUAAUGAAAGUUUACUACGACCUAGCCUUGGCCAUCCGCAAAAUAUUCAAGAGCUGAAUGAAUUACUCACUAAAGAAAAAAGAAGGCAGACGGAAGUCAUCGAUUUAAUUAAAUCCAUUGCUUCAACGCAAAAGGAAAGCGAAGUCUACUAUGCCUCCAUGUUCUUAGAAGAAUUAUCUAAAUUCUCUUCUCGGACACUUCUCUAUUUUGACGAAGCUUACAUUCCAGAUGAUAUUAUCACCAUGGAUAGCGGUGAGGUGAAAAAAUAUAACGCUAUAGAAUUGAUGAGACAUAGACUGAGAGCAAAACCGAAAACAGCCGAUGAAAAAUCGGACAAGAGCAACGAUGAAAUUGAUGUUGGCCUUUUAAUCGCGACUACAUGUGUUUUCCUUAACAAUUUCUUACAUUUUCCAUCAACUUUCACCCGCAAAACUAGUAAAGCGCAUAAAGCUGUAGUGGUUGCUCGUGACCAGGCUUAUAAGGAAUAUCAUCAGUAUUUUAAAAAGUCUAUUGAAUUGAUCGAAAAAGAAUUGGAGACGUCUUUAAUAAAGGAAGAACGAUGGGCAGUCUGUUGGGAGAAAUCCAUUAAAAAAAUGCAAGAUCUUUACGCAGACUAUAAAUAA